AACUGCAGAGCUGCUGAAGUAUCACCCACGUGUCCUGUACAUCGACAUCGAUAUCCAUCACGGGGACGGGGUGCAGGAGGCUUUUUACUUGACAGACCGUGUCAUGACAGUGUCAUUUCACAAAUAUGGCAACUAUUUCUUUCCUGGUACAGGUGACAUGUAUGAGGUGGGUGCAGAGAGUGGCCGUUACUACUGUCUGAACGUGCCCCUGCGGGACGGCAUCGAUGACCAGAGUUACAAACACCUCUUCCAGCCAGUCAUUAACCAGGUGGUAGAUUACUACCAGCCCACCUGCAUAGUACUGCAGUGUGGUGCUGAUUCUCUGGGUUGUGACCGUUUGGGCUGUUUUAACCUCAGUAUCAGAGGCCAUGGGUAAGUGCAGGGGGCUGGGCAGAGAAAGACCAUCUGAAGGGCU